UCUACAAUUGCCUUUCAAACAAACACACAUCACACGUUGGAGAGGGUUUCCGAGGAUAGAUGUAGCCAACAUGAACUUAAAUGGUCUGUAUAGAAACUGUGGUGGAAGAAAAUGAUGGAAAUAAGCCGGAGGGUCUUUGUGGUGAUGCUGCAUUUUAUUGGGCUCUCUGUGGCUCGUCAUCAUAACAGCCUCCACAGGUCAGGGGAGGAUGCGCUGGAGCACACUGGGGGUCGAGCGCUGCCAGGACUCUGCAGCUAUGGUCAGACUACUUCCUGUUGUUUGGGAUGGAGGAAUGUUAACGGCAUUUGUGAGCCUGUGUGCAAGAAGUCCUGUGUAAAUGGAAAGUGUGUGAGACCAGACAAGUGUUUAUGCUCCACAGGAUAUAAAGGGCCUCAGUGUGAUGAAGAUGUGAAUGAGUGCGGUUUCCUGGAGAGGCCGUGUUCCCAGCGCUGCAUGAAUACACACGGUAGCUAUCGCUGUUACUGUGACCCUGGGUACACACUCAGCGCAGAUGGAUACACCUGCACCAGAGAGGCUGCCUGUUUCUCCCUGCGUUGCCAGUUUGGUUGCCAGAUGGAGGGAGGGGGAGCGGUGCGCUGCCUGUGUCCCCCCGGCCUCCACCUGGCCGCUGACAACAAGACCUGUGAAGAUGUCGAUGAGUGUCUGCGAGAUGCUCACGUGUGUCGAGCACGACAGACCUGCAAGAACACCUUCGGCAGCUUCGUCUGCGUGUGCCAGGAUGGCUUUGUGAUGGGGACGCUCCAGGGCUCUGUGCAAUGUCGAGAUAAGGAUGAAUGUUUAACCGGGUCUCACCAGUGCAGCCACCUUGCUCAGUGUGUCAACACAGAUGGUUCCUACACCUGUCAGUGUUCGGAGGGAUACUCCGGCAACGGACGCACCUGCUGGCCCAGGAGAGCCCCACAGCCCAAGGCUGCCAUGUACUUCAACUACAAACUCUCCAAAAGAACCAAGCCCAAACUACCUUCAUCAUAGAGCUAUACUUCUAAAAUAUAUAACGCUCAAACGAAAGAGGAAAUUCAACAUCAGAGGGUAACUUCAGAGAGUUAAGGUUAAAACACGGGUUACCACUCAGAACAAAGUCAUUGUAAGUUAUGUUGGUCAUUUUCAGCACAACUGGAAACCUUUUCUCGUCUGUUAUUUCUCCUCCUGUUUAACUAGGCGAUAACCUGGACUACCCCCAGCUCCAUUAGUUGCCUGUUUGACGUCUGUUGAAGGAACCCUUCAUUUAACAAAUGUAGCACAACAUGGACCACACUCUGUACUUUGCCUGUGUGCUCUUAAACCCAAAUGGACUGAUGACAGGAGGGUUUUCUUUGUGCUGGCGUCACCAGUGUCACAGAAACACCAGCUCUGUUAUUGCCUGUGUGGCCUACUCUGUCAAACAAAGUGCUGAACAUUUUUUUUGCACAUUUUGCUCAUGAUUCAUCUCUAAUUUAUUACAUAUUCCAUUAAGUUUCUUUUCUUGAAAUAAAAUCAGAUUUGUGAGACUUCAUCACAAUUUGUUAAUAAAAUACUGACCUCUUGUGGAUAGAUAAGGGAAGCUAUAUUUGGGCUGCAUUCAGAGUAUUCUGAAGAGAGUUAGUGAAACUAAAUACUUUUAAAAUGAUAUUUACUUUUAUUCCUAUGUCUACCAUAUGAUGUGUCUUUAAGGGAUUUUUA